CUGUGCGCGCAGAUUGCGGAAAUCAGCGCGUGUGCCUUGAUAAAUCCCCACAAACGGAGAGCACACAGAAAGUCAAGUGUUUCUGCCUGUAACAUCAUGGAUUGCGGAAUUACUCUGUCCAAGCUCGUCCUCCUCUUACUCAGCCUGGUAUUUUGGGCUGCAGGAGCCUCGUUGGCAUACGUUGGUGGCCAUAUGAUCUCAAGCUACAGCACUUUUAGCACAAUCAUAGAUGACCGGUCCACACUGGUUCCUGCGGGAAUCAUCAUUGGUGUCAGUGUGGUGGUGUUCAUCUUUGGUCUGGUGGGAUGUUGCGCCACUCUCCAGGAGUCCAAAGUUGGUCUCGGCUGUUUCUUCCUGAUUAUCUUAUUGAUCUUUGCAGCUGAAGUGGCUGCAUUGGUUUGUGGCUUAAUCUACCAAGGCAAGAUUAAGGAAAACUUGGAACGCUCUAUGAAUAAGACCUUCAUGAACUACAAUGGCCAAAAGGAGACCAAAGCUGUGGAUGACCUGCAAACUCAGUUGCAGUGCUGUGGUAUUUAUAAUGCCUCCAGCUGGGCAACAACUCCCUGGUUCAACAGCCACAACAACACUGUGCCCUUGUCCUGCUGCAAAAACAGGAACAACACAGCGUGCAUCGGGAAACUGAACCAGCCAGACCUGCUUUAUGAGGAGGGCUGUGAAGGAAAGCUUGAGCAGUUCCUCCAGAGUGUGCUAGUUUACGCUAUGCUGGUCAUCCUGGGCUGUGCCCUCUUCAAGUUCUUGGGGAUGGUGAGUGUUUGUGUGAUCACCUGUAGAAGUAGCAGCUUGAGGAGUGGCUACCAGCCUCUGUAUGCCUGAACCCCCUCCUGCACCUCUCAAUGAUGUGAAACAUCAGCAGCUGCUUCACAGGAACUAAGUGCAAUUCCUAUAGAUAGCAUCGUAUCCUCUUAUUGCACCUCCUCAUCUUGCUAUGAUAGGCCUAUCAUAUCUUUUUCUUUCCUCCAGUGUUGAUUUUGAAGUACAUACUUGACUGUCAGGUGGAUCAUUCUGACGUAAUCCUCAUGUAAUGAAAUCAGUACAAUGUUCCUUUCACUUGUGACGUAUUACCAAAAAUAUACUUAUAGAUUUGAAUUGAGCCAAAGCACUAACUUAAUUUUGACAGGUUUCUAUGAAGCAGGUGUGAAAGGGGCCACAAAUUGCUGAGUUUCUGGAGCGUUCUGUUGCCUUUAGCACAACAGAUAACAGAUAAGAUGCCUUUUUAAUGUAAUUAAAUUAUAGGAAUAUCUCCGAAGCUGCUAUAAAGACAGUUUCCCUUGCUAAACCUAAACUCAAAUGCCACUCUUCAGAUGCGCAAAAGUAGACAUCAAAUCUGGUAAUGACUUCAUAAAAACAUGUUGUAGUUAGGUGUGGCAAACUGACAUAUAUUGAUCCAUAUUACUGUGACUUUUCUUUGCUGCCACAGUGUCAUAAGUGGAAUAUGUGAACUGUUUCACUUAGGAUAAUGUGAGAAGGCCUUACUGUCUUUGAAAGGACAUCUUUGGAAUGUAGGUGGAGGACAUGUGCAAAAAAUAUAUAAAUCUUAAGCUGUCAGUGUUUCUUAAAAUGCAGUAGAUUGUGUUUUUGAAACUGGUGAUUUCCUUUCAUAUUUAGAAGUUGCAGUUUUGAUAACCUAUUAAAUAUGUAAUAUUUUUAUGGUUGGUCAACUGUAUUGUUUGUUUGCUUCUAAAAUAAAAGUAUCAACACAAUCA